UAUUACCUUGCUUCCAAAAAAAAAAAAGUUAAAAAAAGGUAAAGAAAUUAGGAGUGGGAAGAGAUAAUCUGGGAGCAGAAUUGAUCAACAGCUCUGCCAUCUGUACUAGGAAUAGGAGGACAGGUCCUCAGACUCCAGAGUGAGAAAUCAGAAAGUGUAUGAUGGACAAACAAACAGAAGAUUUUGAGUAUCAGAUCAGUCUUCUUGGCAGUGAGCUAAAUCUUAUUUUCAACACUCUGUAUGCCUUUCACAAGAGAUAAGAGUAUUCUGAAUUGCACCAAGGUCAGUAUUCCUUUCCUAAACAUGGAAGAGUUAUGGCUCUAUGUGGGUAAAAUUUGUCACUGUGCUUGUGAACCAUUAGCACCCUCCUUAAAAACUCAGGAAAGUCUUCAAUGGUUCAUGGACCUGUGUAUUGGAGAAAAUACAUCCUGUCUAAUUGUUCAUUCCUUUAUGUUAGGCCUGGAGGAGUUGUGGUGGGAUAGAUGUAGCAGUUUCUCACCUCUCUCAUCAUAGCCCCUGGAUACAACCAUGGGCAUUGAAACAGCCCUGUAAAUACAGGAAUGGUAUUUAGAUUUUCUGUGCUAGAUAUUGUUGUUGUUUCUGUUGUUUUUUAUUAGCUGAACUGUCAGAAUGCAGCUCUUGGCCCACAUGUCUCAGUGUACCAGUACCUGGAGUGGUGUGUGACGGCUUUUGGGGAGACUAUGAAGGAGGUUCUAUGUAAUCUCAUUGGGCAACAGCAGUGGAACUCGUCUGUCCAAAAUGGUUUAUGGUGAAUUUUUCCGCAGACCUGGCAAAGACGCAGAACUUAUCAAUUUGAAUGUGGGUGGCUUUAAGCAAUCAGUGGAUCAAAGCACCUUGCUCCGAUUUCCCCAUACCAGACUUGGAAAACUUCUCAAAUGCCAUUCAGAAGAGGCUAUUCUAGAGCUGUGUGAUGAUUAUAGUGUGGCAGACAAGGAAUAUUACUUUGACAGGAAUCCUUCCUUGUUCCGAUAUGUUCUGAACUUCUACUAUACGGGCAAACUUCACGUUAUGGAAGAACUUUGUGUCUUUUCCUUCUGCCAGGAAAUAGAGUACUGGGGGAUAAAUGAGCUGUUUAUUGAUUCCUGCUGCAGCAAUCGGUACCAAGAACGGAAAGAGGAAGGUCCUGAAAAAGACUGGGAUCAGAAGAGCAACGACAGUAUGGACUCCUCCAAUGAAGAGUCAUCCAUAUUUGACAAAGAGCUAGAAAAGUUUGAUAAUCUGUGUUUUGGUGAAAUAAGAAAGAAGAUCUGGGUCAGGAUGGAAAAUCCUGCAUACUGCUUGUCUGCCAAGCUAAUUGCCGUGUCAUCCCUGAGUGUUGUUCUGGCAUCAAUUGUAGCCAUGUGCAUUCAUAGCAUGCCAGAAUUUCAAAGGCUGGAUGCCAAUGACAGGGAGAUUGGAGACCCUGUGCUGGAAGCUGUGGAGAUUACAUGCAUCAUCUGGUUUACUGCUGAGCUAGUGAUCAGGCUCUUCACUGCUCCAAGUCAGAAGAAGUUCUGGAAGAAACCACUGAACAUCAUUGAUUUUGUCUCUAUUAUCCCAUUUUAUGCCACACUGGCUGUGGACACCAAGGAAGAAGAGAGUGAAGAUAUUGAGAACAUGGGGAAGGUCGUUCAGAUCCUGCGGUUAAUGCGGAUAUUUCGCAUCCUGAAGCUGGCCAGGCACUCUGUAGGACUACGGUCUUUGGGCGCCACUUUGAGACACAGCUACCAAGAAGUUGGACUUCUGCUUUUGUUUCUGUCAGUUGGGAUUUCUAUCUUUUCAGUGCUUGUCUACUCAGUGGAGAAAGAUGAUGACUCAUCAGAGCUGCAGAGCAUCCCUAUUUGCUGGUGGUGGGCAACCAUCAGCAUGACCACUGUUGGUUAUGGGGACACUUACCCGGUCACGCUUGCUGGAAAGCUGCUCGGCACCCUCUGCAUCAUCUGUGGGAUUCUGGUGGUAGCACUUCCAAUCACCAUUAUUUUCAAUAAGUUUUCUAAGUACUACCAAAAGCAAAAAGCUAUUGAUAGAGACCAGUGCAACAAUGAUCGCAAAGAGAAAAGCAAUGACCUACCCUAUUUUAACAUUAGGGAUAUUUAUGCAAAAAAGAUGCACUCCUUCAUUUCUAGCCUUUCUUCAGUAGGAAUUGUAGUCAGCGACCAAGAGUCAACAGAUGCCUCCAGUAUUCAAGAUAUGGAGGAUGCUUAUAACACAGUAUCUUUAGAGAAUGGUACAGGAAAAUGAGUUGAAUCACGUUUGCUUCUCUUUAUUUCUCUUCUGAUUCUUGGUAAAUGUGGACUGACAGACUUCAGUGAAUUCAUUAAGAGCAGUUGAUUCUCAGGGUACUUAACUCUCAGCCAUAUUUGGACAUUCUUUGCUCUGAGGAUGCCAUAAAAGCUUCAUUGUUUAUAUGAGGUUUUAAAAUAUGCCUCAUACAGUGGUUUAGUUUUUACACAACUAGUGUUAUGCAUUUUUGGAGACAAAAAGCUGGGAAAAGAGUUUUACAGAGUUUUACAUGUGAGAUAAGUGGAGUCUUUUUGAUUUGUGAGUAUUGUUGUUUGAUUUGUUCAUUGUUUUUUCCCCUGCAGCAGUCUCAUAUCUUACACAGAAUUUGCUUUUAUAAUUUGCUGCUCUUCUGGUAGAGAUACAUUAAAAAUGUGUAAGAACUAUUGCACAAGUUAGUGAAGUUUUCACCUGCAAAUACAUUAGAUAAAUGAAGGAAUUGCGUACAUGUAAAAAUGUGUUCACUAACAAAUUUGUGUAAUUUUAGAGUUGGGAACCCAUUUCCUAAGUUGGGGCAGAAAAUAUAUUGGUACAUAUUGUUUUUACUCCAUGGAAGCAUAAUAUUUAUUAAUUUCUUUCCAAAAGCACAAUACAUUUUUAGUUUGUUAAAAUAAAUUAUUCUCAUUGUGCCUGUAUUUUUCCUAGGAUCCAGCCAUGGCCACGCUCUAUCAGGCCCUAAAGGUUUUUAGUAAUAAGUCCCAGGAUGAAGUGUGAGCAGGAUAGGAGCUUUUUAUUCCAUUUAGCCACCUCUCCUGCUGUUGUGACCCUGAGCGAUUCUGGUGCCUGGAGGGGAUCCCGCUGUGGUUAAGGCCACCUCAGUGGCUUCCCCAGGGACUUUGAUUUCUGGGCACUGAAGCAAACAUCUGUGGUGGUGUUUGGAAGUCCCUGCUCCCCAGUGCCAGCCCAGCUGCCCCUUGCUGGGGGCUGCUGCCUCGGUGGUGGGAGCAGCAGCUGGGCCGCUGUGCUGGGUCUCUGUCCAGGGCUGAAGUGCCAAGCAGUGGAGAUGUGGGACAUCCUCUUCUCUGCCAUGUGUUGCCCAUCAGGGACCUAGGGUGGGAGUUGCACCUGGGCAUCUGUAUUGGAACGAUUUCAGCUCAUUUUUCUAAAGCUCAUCUGGUGGUGGUGGCAGCUUUCCUGGCGUGUGCCAUGUGCUGGAGCAGUGCUCAUUGCUUGGCAGAGUCCCGCAGCUCUGUGCAUUCCCCUCCUCUCCAGGGAUUUCUUAAGCAGCCAGCUAGCUCUGCUCUGUUUCAAGCAGUGCUGGAGAAGCUCAAGGAUCUUAGAGUGUCAUGUGGACCAUAUAGUCCAUAGUGUUUCUGAACACUCAUUUUCUUUCAUUUGUCUAGUGACUAAUGCUGGGCAACGGAGAAACGAAGACACUGUGAUGUCAAUAUUUGCCUUGAAGAGAGGUUUGACUAUUUUAUUUUUUUAAAUAUUAUUGGGUCAAAUAUAGAAGCCUGUACUGAACUUCUAUUCAAGAAGAUUAAGCUCCAUAGGAAUUGACUUCAGAACUGAGUAAGAUGCCAGAAAAUGACGAUUUUGGCCACUGCAGAAACUUGAUUUUUCAUGUAUCUGCCAGAUUUUCUAUUGCAAAAUGCAUUAAGUAAGUAACUGAGGUGCACUUAAAUUUGCUGAGGCACCAAGCUCUAACCUCUUUCUGAGAUGGAGAAACAAGAAAACAGGAUUAACCUAUACAUUGUAAAGAUGUGUCUCUCAGGACUGCUGUGCAUCAAUAUAGUGAUGUAGAACUUAAAGAAAAUCUUUUGAGCUUUGGAGCAAUCUCAAAAUUUGGUUUGUUACUUGCUGACUGUUGUAAGGGUAUGUGAUGCUUCACAGACAGUUAAAGAUAAUUCUUCCCAUAUUUCUUGUAGGAAUAGCAAAAGGCAAAGUUAGCCUAAAUGUGAUUUGUUCUUGCUGAACAAUUAACAUUAAAAAGAUGCAAUGAUAACAAAAUACUAACUAUGUAUGUUCAUGUGAAUCGAAUAGGAACCAACAGAAUAACAGCAAAAAGUUACUGUCCAAAGAAAAUCUCUUUCUUUGGUGUCCAUGUAAAGAUAUAUUUAUAGAUAUAUAUAUAUAUCUUACAUUGCCACUGAAGAUCAAAAGCGAUGAGAAUACUGUAAUGCAAUAAAACCUGCAAGAAAUUGUAUUAAAUAGUUGAAAAAGUGCUACUGAAAAAUUUAGUUUUGUGUAUCAGGCAUUACUCAAGGAUCACUAAAUAUACAAGUUUGUGGAUUAAAUUUUAUGACUGGCAAUUUUUCCUAAAAUGGAUAAGCUUUUGAUUGAUCUCAUGAAUCAGUCUUAAGGCUGUUACACUUUUUAAGUGCUCUGACUUUAUGCAUUGAUACAGCUUGCAGCAAAGUGAGAUGUCUUUGGGGACACAUCAGAAGGUGAAGUACAUAUCCAUAUAUCAUUUAGUGUACACUGUUUUGAUUUCUGUGAUGAGAUCUUGGCCUUUUUCGAAUCAAUUGUAUCUUAAAAAUGGCUUUUUUUGUAUCCUUCACCCUUGCUGGAAUAAAUCCAGCACCUUGUUUUCACACAGGUGUGAUUGUGAGCAGGAUGGGAGCUGUGCUUCAUGCCAAAGGAUUUUCCUCUCAAGGCAGAACUGCAGAGUUUGACAUGCACUGAUGCUAGGCAGUGCCACAAGCCUCGAGUGCCAGAAGGAAGCAGAUGAGAGCAAAGUCUGAUAUACUGCACAUUCUAGGGGGCUGUUUCUUAUUGAAUUUGUCUUCUUCCCUGGUCUGCCGUGGCAUAUUGGUGAUUUGUGAUAUCAGUGUCAACAGAAGUUUAUUGCAUAUUGUUUUUCUUUUUCCUGAAUCACAUUUUUUUGCUUUAGAAACGCUUCCUAAAUUCUCACCACCCAGCUUCUCUGUUUCAGAUACCAAAGCACAGAGAUUUCUAUUUAGACAUGCAUCCCUUUUUGUAUGGGAGAGAUUUGUUCAUUUUUAUACAAAACAAUUUACUGGCAUGUCGUUGCUUUCUUUAUUUUGAUGCCAAGCUCUUCCCUUUUGAUUUCCACAAAUCAUUUCCACAGGAGCAUCCACCUUUGCCUGGCUUUCCCUAGUGUAUAAAGGGAAGGCAGCACUGCAGUGUGUUGCAGCUCUCUUUGAGAGGCUUCCAGCUGGCCAGGGCAUCACCCCACUGCCCACAGCUCCUGCCUUGCUGGGCAGGCUCUGGCAUUGGCAUUGGUUUUGGGGAUAUGUUAGUAGAGGAAAAAAAUUCAGUGUAAAGGAAUUAGAAAAGAGAAAAAUGGGAGAAGGCAGGAAGCAGUCAGUCAAUAGGGGUGGUAGAGAAGCAUGAGAGAACCUCAGAAGAAAGGAAAAGAAGAAAUUGACAGGAGGAGUCCUUGUAUUUUUUCUCUUAUUUCCUGUUUUCCUUUGUUUUUUCACCAGUGCUUUUUUCCCCUUUCCUUCCUUCUCCCUUCCAUCCCAUCCUACCCUGCUCCUACCCUGACCCCCCUUCCCAACCAGCCUGUAAUCCAGCAGUGUGUUUAUGUCCAAAAAUGAGGGUCUUUCUGAAUCCAGAAAGGCAUGUUCCAUCCCCUCGGAUAGCAGCAAGCAGAAUUUAUCAACAUGUAAUUAGCAAGCAGAGGCAGUGCUUUUGUAGGAAGAGUCAGGGUGUUGCUCUCAUUGUGGAACAUAAUUGUGGGGUAAAUAAACAUCUCGUUUGUGUCAGGCCUGUAAAUGAAAUACCACUUAUGGCUUAGGUAGAAAUUUGCAGUCCACAACUUGCUUCUGAAGGGAAGAGGAGGGGCAGACACUGAUUUCUUCACUCUGGUGACAGUGACAGGACCUGAGGGAAUGGCCUGAAGUGGUGUCAGGGCAGGUUUAGGUUGUAUAUCAGCAAAAGGUUUAUCACCCAGAGCAUGGUUGGGCACUGAGCAGGCUCCCCAGGGAAGUGGUCAUAGCACCAAUCCUGAUAGAUUAGGAUUUGGACAAUGCUUUUGGGCACAGGAUGUGAUAACUGGGGUGUCCUGUGCAGGGGCAGGAGUUGGACUUCAUUAUCUUUGUGUGUUCCUUCCAGCUCAGCUGAUAAUGUGAUUCUGUGAUGUGGGAUCUCAGGAUUUGAGCCCUGGGAUGCAGGGCCCCCGAGACCAUCCUUGGGGGGCCCGGGAGUCCUGGAAUGUUGCCAGAAGUGUCUGGUGGCAGGACUUUGACCCUACACGGGAGACGACACCUUUAUGAAGAUAAGAGGGCCUCACCGGGGUGAAGGGUGGAAAGAUUAGCUAAUUAGAGGGUAAGAAACAGGGUUUAGGAUUUAUGUACAGGGGGGUUUAGAGGAGCAAGAUGGAGGAA